UCAUCAUAUAACUUACUAUUCACGGGUCACUUUUUAAUGUAGGGUUUGAAUACACCCAGGAAUAUUCUUAUGAAAAUCUUAUGUAUGUCUGUCUGAAAGUCUUAUAAGGCUAUGAAUAAUGUCGUGGCAAACUAUAAUAGAGCGCCCGUGCACAUCGUGACAGGUUCUGCCGGCUGUGCGGAGGGCCGCGACCAUUUCAGACAUACUCCCUUCCACUGGUCCGCCUUCCGCUCGCAAGACUUCGGCUACACGCGCCUCAAGGUGUACAACACCACGCACCUCAAUAUUGAACAAGUUUCAGUAGACCUCGAAGGGCAAGUCAUUGAUGCAUUUUGGAUCAAGAAGAAUAUUUCAAGCCAAAGAACAUUUUCGGAAAUAUUCUCCCCGUGAAACCCGACGUCUACAAUCGGGACAGCAUUAUAUUAAUUCUAGGUAAUAAAUAAAAAAUAUGAAACAUU